AAUUCCCACAUCGACAAAGCACAUACGGAAUUCAUAGUUCAUAAGGAACAAUCCAAUUUUAAUGGAUACGAAACAUUUUGGAGUGGAAUAGAAGAAUUCUUACAAGAACUUCGUAAUUUUGUGUGGUUAGUGAGGAAAUUAGACAAAUUCCACGUGGACAAAGUACAUAAGAAAUUUCAUAAUACAUAAGGAACAAUCCAAUAUUAACUGACAAGAAACAUUUUGAGGUGAAAAGAGGAGCUCUUACAAAAUUUUCGAAGUUUUAAUGUGAUUACUAAGAAAAAUUAUUGAGAUGUUACAUUAAUAUUAUUAAAAAAAAAGUAUAUGUAUAUGCAUAAUAAACGAUUUGUUUAUUUAGUGAAGUUGGCAGGCAUUGUAAUUUUUAUUGAUCACCAUUAAUGGUCAACCAGACAAAUCAACUCGACAUAAUAAUAUAAGGUUGGAUUCGAACCGGAAUGCGACAGACAACUAAGAAGUCAAUAUUGUGAAGCUUGUUCUGUUCGGUAAAAGCGACAUUUUUACAGAAGCGUAGGUGGGAUGGAUCAUGGAGUUGGAGGGUUUCUCCUCUUAAUUGAAAACUUCAACAUCAAAGGGAGAUUAAAUAUGAAUUUAUCUCAACAAUUCGAUUUCGAGAUAUUAAGAUCAGUUGGUUUAUGACAUGGUGUUAGAGCUGAUUUGUCAUUGAGGUCCCACAUUCAAAUCCUUACGAACGGUGUCGCGACUAAGAAAGUGUAUCGGCACAGGGCAUCCACAUAUGAAAUGGGGCCUCCACCUAGAUCUGGUAGUUACUUCGAUCGUAUAUUAUAGGUUGUAUUUGUAGUGUACGAUAAAUUGAUUAUGAGUAUGAUGACGAGUUUACUUAUAUUAAUUAAUAACAGUGUUAGCUAUUGCCUUAUUGGUUAAUAUUCUCAUGUACAUAUACACUAGACACGUAUAUAGAUUGAAAACGAUGGUAGGGAAAAUACAAAAAUUAUAGUGUUAGUAGAUAAUUUUUAUUUUAAACUAUGUUAGAAAGAUGUUACAUUUCAAGUAAAUGAUAUGAUAUAAUCAUUUCAAUUUUAUUAUAUUUAAAGGUCAAUUUGGACCACAAUUACACUUGGAUUCUAUUGAUGGAGAAAAGAAGAAAAUGGAAGAUAAGAAGAAAAGGUUGGUUAACAAAAAGAUAAGUAAGAAGAUGAAAAGGGAAGUGGUCAAUGCUCCAGCUCAGCCAACCCAAAAACCUUCCAUUUCUGCGGAGUGAAAAAUGGCAACAGACGGACACGCGACGAGUUGUUUUGCGAAUCGCGCGAGGGCAGUGCCGAAUCACAUCACUCAGCUGAGAAAAUCACAAUCACAAAGUGCGACAAAAUUCCCCUUUACCCGAAUCCUACCCAGUGAGAAAGAACCAUGCUUGAUUGAAAUCCUGCUUUCUCUUCAUCCUUUCUCAUAAUUUUAGAGGGAAUACUACUUGUUAGUUUUGUAGGCUUUACUCUGUUUUGUUCUCUUCUGACGCGUCCUUGGGCAUCUCUCUGCAACUUCUUCCCGCUUCCGGCAAUUCCAAGGGAUUCUUCAAUUGGGUUCCUAACAAAUUUGCGCGUAAUGGGUCGUCUCCCUUCGUUGUCAGCUCGGAAUGCAACGCCGCCGGCCGGCCAGGUAACCAAGUUCUGAGCUUUAAGUCAGGAAUGUCGAUAUUCAUUGGAAUUUCACGAUGGCCCAGAUGGAAACAUGUGUUUAUGGACUCUUAUCCGUCCUUUGGAAUUGAGGGCAUUCAAGUUUUCGAAUUACUCGUUUUGAUUUUUGGACUCAUAAUGAACAGAAACAAAAGAACCGAAAACGAAAGCUUUUUCCUGUGUGUGAAUUCCGUGAACGAUCAAUUUCUUGCGGAUGCCUAACUCUUUCUCUUUGUCUGUAUCUGUUUUUUCUUCUGGGUGCGUCCGUCUGUAUUUGCCAUUCCUUCAGACUCAAGGAAGCGCGUACUAUUGUUUAAUGUCUUGCUCUUCUUUUGGAAUUUCUUCCAUCUUCCCUUCACUGCAAAUUCAUUUUACAAGCUCUUCUCUUUGUCAGUAGAUAGGCCACCCUGCCCAGUUUGAGUGAGAGAGAGAGAACUGGCUUUCGUUUUGUAAUGGAGGAAAAACAAAGUGAGAUUACUGAGGCAGAGAGGGUAGCAGCAGAUUUGCAUCCUCUUCCACCGCCUUUGACCGUGGGUAUCGCCGUCGACGGUAAAAAGAAGAGCAAGUAUGUCGUGAAAUGGGCGCUCGAGAAGUUUGGUCAUGAGGAGAAAGUUGUGUUCAAGAUCUUACAUGUCCGCCCUAAGGUCACUCUAGUCCCUACUCCCAUGGGGAAUUCGAUUCCUAUAUCGGAAGUACGAGAUAGCGUAGCAAAGGCGUAUAGGAAGGAAAUGGAAUGGAAGGCCAUCCAAUUGAUAGUUCCUUACAAAGACUUGUGUACUCAGAGAAAGGUACAAGUGGCUGUGUGUAUGACUGAAGCAGACAAUGUGGCAAAUGCAAUAGCAGAUGAAGUUUCCAAGAAUAUGAUUAGUAAGCUUGUCAUUGGAGCUUCUUCUCGUGGAAUGUUCUCAAGGAAACUCAAGGCACAUCAUCUCUCCUCGAGAAUAUCAGCUUGUGCUCCGCGUUCUUGCACUGUGUAUGUGGUUUCCAAGGGCAAAUUGGCAUCUCUUCGCCCGUCUGAUUUGGACUCAAAUCCAAGCAUAGAGGAUGAUAGUAGUGUCACGAGUGGUCCUACGAACAGUGACUCGAGUAACAGUCUCAGCUCGCAUACAGAUGGAAGUUCAGGAUCUUCCUAUUUCAAUUUUCAUUCUUCUUCCCUCCCAAUGCAACGAGUCCAGGCACUUGCUACCAUAAACCAGGGCUGCCUUCACUCCAGAACAACCUCACCCGAGGCCAUCAUCCAUUCUAGAUCCCUGUCCUUGGAACUUGAUAAAGUCAAUGCUGGUGGUGGUGGUGGUGCUGUUGGUUGUACUCCUAGCUCCCCAGAAUCUGCACAUCUCAUCACUCGUAGCUCUAGUUUCUCAGCUGAUUUCCAAUCACCACUCUUCUCCGAUGAAGCUUCCGCGUCAGAUGGGCUCACAGAUAAUUCAUCAUCUGACAGUCAGGCAAACUUCAACUUUGAGCUAGAAAAGUUAAGGCUUGAACUCAGGCAUGCUCGUGGUGUCUACGCAAUGGCCCAAACUGAAGCAAUGGAUGCCUCUAGAAAGCUGAGCUCUCUUAAUCAGUGUCGGAUGGAGGGUGCGGCGAAACUGAAGGAGAUAAGCUCCAGGGAGGAGAAAGCCAAGGAACUAGCACAAGAAGAGAGGGGGAAAUGUGCAGCUGCACUCAAAGAAGCAGAACACAUGAGGAAAUGUGCCGAGAAAGAAUCUAUGCAGAGACGAGAAGCAGAGGCUAAAGCGAAGCACGAUGCUAAAGAGAAAGAGAGGCUGCAGAAUGCUCUUGUGGCUCCUCUGCAGCAGUAUCGGAAAUUCACUUGGGAGGAGAUCGAAUCUGCAACCUCAUCGUUCUCGGAAGAGCUCAAGAUUGGAAUGGGAGCUUAUGGAAAGGUGUACAAGUGCAGCUUUCAUCAUACAGUUGCAGCUGUGAAAGUUCUUCACUCGAAAGAGCCUCGCGAUAUAAAACAAUUCAAGCAGGAGCUGGAUAUCUUGAGCAAAAUUUGCCAUCCACACUUGUUGAUCCUUCUGGGAGCAUGUCCUGAUCACGGCUGCCUUGUCUAUGAGUACAUGGAGAACGGUAGCUUGGAGGACAGGUUACUAAGGCUACACAACACUCAACCCAUUCCAUGGUUCGAGAGGUUCCGAAUCGCGUGGGAAGUAGCUUCAGCACUCGCGUUUCUCCACAACUCCAAGCCCGAACCAAUCAUCCACCGUGAUCUGAAGCCAGCAAACAUCUUGCUGGACCACAACUAUGUCAGCAAGAUCGGUGACGUCGGUCUCUCCACCAUGCUACAUUCGGACAUCACCAUGUACAAAGACACCGGCCCAGUUGGAACCCUCUGUUACAUCGACCCAGAAUACCAGCGAACCGGUCUGAUCUCCCCCAAAUCAGAUGUCUAUGCACUCGGGAUGGUGAUUCUGCAGCUGCUCACUGGGAAGCCAGCCAUGGCGUUAGCACACCUGGUGGAAAGAGCCUUGGAAGAAGGCCAGCUGGCUCGUCUUCUGGACUCGGGAGCUGGGAACUGGCCAGUGGAAGAGACCGAGGAGAUUGCGAAGUUGGGACUUAGUUGUGCUGAACUUCGACGAAAGGACAGGCCAUGUUUGAAAGACGGCGUGCUUCCUGUACUGGAGAGAUUGAAAGAAGUUGGCGAGCUAGCGAGAGAGAAAGCUCUGUCGAAUCCAGCUAGCUCUAGCCCUCGUUCGCUGCCUCCAAACCACUUUGUGUGUCCAAUACUUAAGGAAGUGAUGAAGGAGCCUUGUGUUGCUGCUGAUGGGUACACUUAUGAACGCGAAGCCAUUGAGAAAUGGCUUCAGGAGAAUGAGAAAUCUCCAAUGACCAACGUAGCAUUGUCGAAUAAGAACUUGUUACCAAACUACACUAUUUUGGCUGCUAUUGUAGAGUGGAAGUCAAAGUGAUUAAAACAAGAAGGUGAUUGUAGAGUUGUGAAUGAAACUUAACACAGCAUGUUCAUAGGAAUAAACUUCUGUUUUUUUUUAAGAAGUCAGGGCAUCCUAAUCCUUGUUAAUAAUUAAUCAGUUAUGGGUAAUAUACCCAUUACAUCAUGCAAGAGGCUUGUCUCGAAUUCGGGAUAUUGCUCAUAUCGAAUAGAUGUUUGUGACCCAA